AUGGACCACAUGAAGAGCCCUUUCCCGCUGGUUGAGCAUUGGCCAGAUAGAAGGGCCGAAGAUGAUGAGAGAGAAGUCACGCUGGUGGCAGGCAGAAAGGCUGCUAGGCUGAUGAACCUAUUCAGAGGAGACGGUCACAAUGUUGAUGCGUUGAUCGACCCCACCGACCAGGAGCCAGCAGUGUCCCGUAAGGCAUCGCUCAAAAAGCCCGAGACUCUGCUGCAGAGUGAUUCGCCUUCGUUGGAGCCCGUCUCCUCGGCCACGUAUAUCCCACACCAUCCGGUCAAGCUUAAGGAAGGCCCUUUCAACACACUCAGCCCAGACAACAACCUCCAGCAUCUCACCGCCGACGUCGAGUUUGACCGAGGCUCGGACGGUGACAUCACACGAAUCAAAAAACGCACCCCCGAGCGUCGGCCCAAGAGAAGGACAAAAGUAAACUUCAUCGGCCUUGACGACAAGAACGGCUGCAAUAACCUACAUGAUGACUUCAUGGCUGUGAACCUCAAUGAGUCUGCCUCUGUCUCCGAUCACGGGGACACCAACACUCUUGCAUCCACCAAUGAGGCUUACCCGCUCACAGUAGAGCUACGGCCUUUCAGAAACAAGGUAGGUGGCCACACGGCCAUUUUCCGUUUCAGCAAGCGGGCAGUCUGCAAAGCACUCAUGAACCGCGAGAAUGUUUGGUACGAGGCAGUCGAGAAGAGGCACCCUGAAUUGCUUAAGUUUCUUCCCAAAUACAUUGGCGUGCUUAAUGUGCGCUACUCCAGCAUUGUAUCAGAGGAUGCAAACUCCCCACUGCUAGUGCCUUCGGAGUCAACUCGUGAGGAGACGCCACACGCAAGGCAGUCUCUUGAUGGGAGCAAGCCCAAUCCCAGAUCCCGGCUCAGCGAGGACGGCCCACCACCCGAGGUUUCUCUCGACGACAACCUCCACAUCAUUCCUGAUCUUUUACGCAAGCAUUAUUCCAGCAGUGCCCCCAGCAUCGGUGCUCUGGACGAGAUGUCGUGUUCCAUUGAAGGUCAACCUGAGGUAUUUCCCUCGACUUCACCCGAAAAUAAUGGCUACGACGCCAGCAUAGGAUCAACUUCCGUUAACCAAGAUUUGCAGGCUCAAAUCAUACAGGAAGUAUUCGUUCCUCCUGGCACCAAGUCGGAUGACAUUUUUGAGAUGGAUCAUGAUGAUAUCGGCAAUGAGGACCACGACAGCCUGAAUGAACACGCCGAACGCCCAGAGGAAGAAAGGCACGUUUUGCGAAAGCAUACACGAUUCGAGAGAUUUAUCCUCCUUGAAGAUUUGACUGCCGAGAUGCAACGUCCCUGUGCACUCGAUCUCAAGAUGGGUACCCGUCAAUACGGACUCGAGGCGACGGAUGCAAAGCAGGCAUCUCAACGCAAGAAGUGUGCCACAACGACAUCUCGUGAGCUUGGAGUUCGUGUCUGCGGCCUCCAGGUUUGGGAUAGGUCGAAGCAAAAAUACUUCAUGAGGGAUAAAUACUUUGGUCGUAAACUUCAUUCAGGCCUUCCCUUUGCCAAAACGUUGGCCAAAUUUCUCUAUGAUGGCAUGUCUGCAUUUUCUAUCAUCUGCAAAAUCCCACAUAUCAUCAAACAGCUUGAGGCCCUUAUCGAGAUAUUCAGCAAGCUUGUUGGCUACAGAAUGUACGGCCUGUCAGUGCUUUUGAUGUACGACGGUGCCGGUCCAGAGGACACAGAAGUAAGAGCCAAUAUCAUUGACUUUGCUCAAAGUGUUCUCGGAGACGAAACCUCGAUUCAAAGUUACCGCAAGCCGCCUAUGCUCUCUGGCAAGCCUGACAUGGGGUAUCUACGCGGCCUCAAGUCGAUCCGUCGCUACCUAAAAGUUAUCUUUAAAAUCAUCACGGGAGACGACUACGACAGCAUAACCAAGCAUCUUGAGGAGUACUUAAAGACCAACCGUGAUCGCUUGAAUGAGCCAUACGUUUGGGUUGAAGAGUUCGCGGAGUCAAAGGAAAGUGCCGAUUCCAUGGACGCCUUUGAUAUCCGUUAUGACGAUCGAGCCGACGAUGACGAAUAUGUCAGCGAGUAA